AUGGCUUUCAUUCGCGCAUAUUUGCGCCUUCACGCGCUCAGCCGUUCGCUCGCUAUCCGCAUUUGCGCGCUCCUCCCAAUUCUUUCGCCCCAUUUUUGCGCUUUCUUUAUAUCUCGUCGCCCUAUUUCCGAUACGCCCACUCGCGCCCUCGCUACUCGCCGUUUUCGCUAUUUUCGCGCGUUUUCACCAUUUCCUUCAUAUCUCCCUCAGUUCUUCACCAAACCUAGUCAACCCUAUACUCAUUUCGAAGCCCUCGUUCGCCUCUUUCUAUCCGGCUACUCCCCAUCGUCAUCCAUGCAACCAUCAUCGCGUUUUUUCACUUUAGCAUCGCUGCUCCUCCAGUACUAA